AUGUCAUUUCUGCUGGAGGCGUCGCCUUGCCUGAAGGAGGCUACACUUCGGGGCAGUCUAAGACCGGGAGCCGCCACCGCGGCAUCCAUACGGCGGAGGGUCGGCGGAUGGGGGACAUUCGUGAUCUCUGUGCGGGAGAAGCAGAGGCACGGGCAGAAGCUGAAACAGGAGCAGAAGCAGCCGUUCAGCGUCUGUUCGAGGAAGUACCGAGAGCGCGUUGACACAAGCAUCGACGUCUCUGGGCAAGGCGCCUCCAAGGUCUACAAGAGUGCCGACGACGCGAUUGCGGAUCUCCAGGACGGGAGUGUCAUUUUGUCGGCUGGCUUCGGGCUCUCUGGCGUGGCGGAAACCCUCAUCGACGCCAUCCGCCGCAAAGGCACGCGCAAUCUCACCGUCGUGUCCAACAACGCCGGGGCCGGCGAGCACGGCCUCGCCAAACUCAGCCCGACAGGCCAGGUGUCGCGCUGGAUCGUCUCCUUCAUCGGCAACAACAAGCCGCUGGGCAAACAGUACCACGAGGGCAAAGUCGUCGUGGAGCUAUGCCCACAGGGAACCAUCGCCGAGCGUCUCCGUGCCGCCGGGGCCGGGAUACCCGCGUUCUUCACCGCCACGGGGGCACGCACGCUGAUCGAGACGGGCGGGAUCCCGCAUCGCCUGGGGCCGCGCGACGCCGCGACGGGCAAACACGCCGUCGCCGAGGCGGGCCGUCCGCGCGAGACCCGCAUCUUCGAUGGGCGGACGUACCUGCUCGAAACGGCGCUGCGGGGGGACGUGGCGAUCGUGCGCGCCUGGAAGGUCGACACCGCGGGCAACUGCAUCUUCCGCUCGACGACCAAGACGUACGGCGUGCUCAUGCCCAAGGCCGCCCAGCUGGCCAUCGUCGAGGCCGAACACGUCGUCCCCGUGGGCAGCCUGCAUCCCGACCACAUCGACCUGCCGGGGAUCUAUAUCGACCGGAUCUGCCCUGCCACGUCGGCCAAGCAUAUCGAGAAGAUCGUGUUGAGCGCGAAGGACCGCGACGCCGACGCAACUCCGUCGCAGAAGAAUGGCGGCGGCGGGAAGAACAACGACGACGACGAAGCCAACAAACGCACACGCAUCGCGCGCCGCGCGGCCCGCGAACUCAAGGACGGCUCGUACGUCAACCUCGGCGUCGGCAUCCCCACGCUGGCGCCCUCGUUCCUCCCCUCCACCACCAAGGUGUGGCUGCAGUCCGAGAACGGGAUCGUGGGCAUGGGGCCGUACCCGCGCACGCUCGCCGAGGCCGACCCGGACACCAUCAACGCGGGCAAGGAGGCCGUCACGCUGGUUCCCGGCGCCAGCACCUUCGACAGCGCCGAAUCGUUCGGCAUGAUCCGUGGCGGACACAUCGACGUGUCUCUCCUCGGCGCCUUGCAGGUGAGUGCCUCGGGCGACCUGGCCAACUAUAUCAUCCCGGGCAAGGCUUUCAACGGCAUGGGUGGUGCCAUGGAUCUCGUGUCGAACCCGGAUAAGACCAAGAUCAUCGUCUGCACCUACCACACGGACAGGGAAGGGCGGAGUAAGAUUGUCGACGAGUGUGAGUUGCCGUUGACAGGGAAGGGAGUCGUCAGCCUGAUCAUCACGGAGCUGGCCGUGUUUGAAGUCGACCGGACGGGCGGCACGGGGUUAGUGCUGAAGGAGGUGGCGGAGGGGGUGACUGUCGACGACGUGAGGGAGAGGACGAGCGCGAGAUUCACUGUCGCCGAGGAGGUUGGCACCUUUUGA